AUGAUAGCUCUCAUUCAACGAGACUUGUUCUUACUGGAAAAUCAAAUUCCCUUUCAACUCCUCAAUGAAUUGAGCUUCGAGUCCAAAUUCGGAGACGAAAGCAGCAAACAGACAAUGUUCAAUAAGUUUGUUACACAAAUUCGUAGUCUUCCUCCUCAAAGUUACAAGAACAACAUAAAUAAUUUUCUUAGUAAUUUAGCUUUUGGGGGAAGAAAAGGUGUACAAGAUGUGAAUGUAAUAGCAGGAAAAUUUGAGUCUGAACCUGCUCAUCUUCUAGACCUCAUUCGCACCAAUCUCUUCGACAAAACCGUUUUGACUCAACCGCCUCCUCGCGAUUGCAGUGACUGGUUUUCAUACCGGUCAGCGAAGGAGCUCAAUGCGGUAGGAAUCCACUUCAGGUCUAGCAAAACUAACAGAUUCACAGACGUUGCUUUUCAAUCCGGGUAUCUCGCAGGAUUCCUGAAACUUCCACCAAUAUACAUUGAUGAUUCAACAAAGUCCAUGCUGCUAAACAUGGUAGCAUACGAGUCCAGCCUCAAUGGUCCUGACGAUUUUGGAGUUUCUUCAUACAUAUGCCUGAUGAAUUCGCUUCUAGAACAUGCGGAAGAUGUAAAGGAGCUUCGGUCAAAAGGUAUACUUCUGAAUUUUCUGGGUAGCGAUCAACAAGUUGCUGAUCUUUUUAAUGAGAUAGCUGAUAAUUUAGUGUCACACCCGCAUGCAUAUGCGGUUGUUAAAAAUGGAAUAGAAAAGCAUUACAAAAACAGGUAUUGGAAGCAGCGUCAAUGGUCACUAAUUCUUGAAGAUGAUGUUGCUUCACCUGGUGUGACUACUAUUGAUGAUGUUCAUGAAUUAGAGAAGGGUGGACUUCGUGCGAUCGAUUUUAAUGAAUGA